ACUAUCGCUGAUGAGGUGAGCCCGUUACGAAUCCGCAAAUCCAGCCCUUUUCCUUUUUUACUGCUGCUCCAUAUAUGGAGGGCUUUUCUUUCGAAAAUUCGAAAUCCCAACGGUCGUCGCUUCUCAACCGAUCUUCAUCUCUCUCUCUCGGAGCACUUUCUUGCGAAGUUGAAUUUUCUCAGUAAAGAUAAACGCAGCAGCCUACUUUUUGUCCUCCUGGCUCAUUUCUUUCAAACAUUCCUCCCUCCACGGUCUUCUUAUCUGAAUCAGUUGAAAACCUCUGGCGGCAAGCUUAUUUUCUUUGAGCGGCGACGCCUUGCGCUGAGAAGAAUCAAUCGAAUAAGAGAAGCAGUUUCCCUUCAGGUCUGUGAACUUCGAUACUUUUGAAGAUGGAGUGGUGAUGAUUGAUUUUUCGUGUUGAAGCCUUAUUGAAUAUGGAAUGUUCUUCUCUGGGACGAGACAGAGAGAAGAAUGCGAAAAUGGCGGAUUCAAAUGCUCCAGGCUGCAGUAAGCGAGGGUUCUCGGUGACAUUUUCAGACCUCACCAUGCCCGCCAGCUGUUCGCCAGAUGUUCCCUGUGAGAAGAUCCAAGAAACUCCCGAUUAUAUCAGGAAAAGGAAGAACAUUGAAAUCUCACCCGUCGAGCUCUUCGCUGAAGAGCGUGGCUUGAAGAACCGUGUGGGAUUAGCUACAGAAAAGCAAGAAAAAUCUCCAGAAGAAAAUUUGCCUGAAGGAAUAAGCAGUUCGGAAGUUUCUCUCAAGUGUCCACAGAGUCCGGAGGCCGAGAGGAGUAUUUUGUCCUUAAAUGCUGGAGGAGUAGAUGGUUCUGUUGCUUACAACGGCAAAACUUUUGAACAGGAUAAUUUCUACACAGGUGGAGACAUAAUAAGAACAGAUGAUGUUCAAGCCUGGGAUGACAGAGAGUAUGCAUUAUACCAUUCUGCUCGGUUUGGAGACUUCUCUUAUGAAUUCCCUAACUUGGAAGAGGGGGAUUACCUUGUUGAUCUUCAUCUUGCAGAGAUUGUGUUUACAAACGGGCCCUCAGGAAUAAGAGUUUUUGAUGUUUAUAUUCAGGAAGAGAAGGCUGUCUCUGGCAUUGACAUAUAUUCAAAGGUUGGUCCAAAUCAUCCUCUGAUACUAUCUAAUUUAGAAGCUUCAGUUGUUGGACGGGAGGGUUUGUCAAUAAAGUUCAAAGGGCUUGUUGGAAAACCUAUAGUAUGUGGUAUUUCAAUAAGAAGGGAUGUUCCUGCUGCAGGUGAGAAUGUUCAGAAGCGUAGAGGUGACCUCACAUUCUUAGAUGAAAGAAAUGAAGAAAUUUUAAACCUGCCUACUCAUCAAAUUCUGCAGGACAACGGUCAUGACCAUAGGAAAUGGAAGCGAAAAUAUGAUUUGCUCAUUAAGGAACAAAUAGAAAUGAGAAAAACUCUGAAAGCUGCUAAAUGCGAGAAUGAACUCAAAAGCCAAGAAUGCCAUGAGGCAUGGGCAUCGCUACGGGAACUUCAGAUGGAACUUAUGCGGAAAUCUCUGCAUGUUGGCUCCUUAGCUUUUGCCGUGGAAGGACAGGUCAAGGAUAAAGGCAGAUGGUGUCUAUGUGUAGGAGAUCUAUGGGAGAAAUUUAAGUUGAUGAAGCAAGAACAUUCCAAGAUAAAAGAAGAAGCGUUAGAAUUUAAAAAUUGUUUUGCAGAUAUGAUUGGCAGGAUGAGCUCUGUUUUACCUUUGAUGGAUAAUCACAGUAAUCUUGAAAGAAAAUAUAAUGAUCUAAAGUUGCGGUUCAUUGAAGAGUCCAAGGAACGGAAGAACCUGUACAACAAAAUGGUUGAACUGAAAGGAAACAUAAGAGUUUUUUGUCGUUGUCGGCCUCUUAGUUUAGAAGAAAUAUCUAGAGGAGAAGAUAUGGCUAUAGAUUUUGAAUCUGCAAAAGAUGGUGAGCUUCUUGUGAAAACCAAUGGAGCACCAAAGAAGGUUUUUAAGUUUGAUGCAGUCUUUGUUCCUGAAGAAGAUCAAGUAAAGGUUUUUGAAAAAACUUCACAUCUUGCAACAUCGGUGUUGGAUGGGUACAAUGUAUGCAUAUUUGCUUACGGGCAGACUGGAACUGGCAAAACAUUUACCAUGGAAGGAACAGAAGGAGCUCGUGGAGUGAACUUUAGGACCCUUGAGGAGCUGUUUCGAGUUGUCAGGGAAAGACAAGGUUUAGUCCGGUACGAUAUAACCGUAAGUGUUCUAGAGGUGUAUAAUGAACAAAUACAUGAUUUGCUCUUAUCAGGAUAUCAACCUGGAGUUGCUGCAAAAAGGCUGGAAGUUCGAACAGCUUCAGAAGGAGUACAUCAUGUUCCUGGUCUGGUUGAAGCUCGUGUUAAUAACACUAUAGAAGCAUGGGAGGUUUUACAGACAGGCAGUAAAGCGAGAUCUGUUGGAUCCACCAAUGCAAAUGAACAUAGCAGCAGAUCACACUGCAUCCACUGUGUGCUGGUUAGAGGUGAGAAUUUGAUGAAUGGCGAGUGCACGAGAAGUAAAUUGUGGCUCAUUGACCUUGCUGGAAGUGAGAGGAUAACAAAAACUGAUGCUCAAGGAGAGCGUCUGAAGGAAGCACAAAGCAUUAAUAAAUCCCUCUCCGCAUUGGGUGAUGUGAUAUCUGCUCUUGCAACCAAAAGUCCCCAUGUUCCCUUCAGGAACUCGAAAUUGACCCAUUUACUACAAGACUCUCUUGGUGGCGAUUCGAAGACUUUGAUGUUUGUGCAGAUUAGUCCAAGCGAAAAUGAUGUGGGUGAGAGUCUAUGUUCCUUGAAUUUUGCAAGUAGGGUUAGGGGAAUUGAACUUGGCCUAGCCAAGAAGCAAUUUGAUGGAGGUGAACUUUUCAAAAAUAAACAGAUGUUUGAGAAGGCCAAGCAGGAGAUCAGGAACAAAGAAUUGCAGAUAAAGAGCAUGGAAGAGAUGAUUUGUUCUGUAGAAUCAAAGAAUAAAGCAAAAGAUCUCCUCAAUAGGAAUCUUCAGGAGAAAAUAAAGGAGUUGGAAUCACAACUUUUGAUUGAAAGGAAACUGGCAAGGCAGCAUGUUGACUCCAAAAUAGCGGAGAAUCAUCAGCAACAGCAAAAACUGUUUGAACUAAAUACUCCUUUAUGUUCUGACUCUCCUCAAUCAGCAAGUAGGCCUCUUAUGGAAAGGAAUCAAAGUAGUCCUGCAGAUCAAAGAGGCAACCUUAAACCAAUCGCAGAGAACAGCAACUACCCCUCUUCAGUUUCUGUCACCCUCAAAUUUCUCAAUCCGAUUAGAGAUAAGGAGAACAAGCCUGAGCUAGCUGAAGAAAUAAUUCCAAGAAAAGCCAACAGGCUUUCUCUGGAGAAUGCAAUACGUCGUAUUUCGAUGACUCCAACUAACCGCCGCGAUUCUCUCAUUCCGCCUCCAGUGGCGAAAGCAGCAGCAUUGGCAUACUUACUACCACAAUUUCCUUUACCUAUAAUGGAUACAGCAAAGGAUACUCUUUCUGAAGGAAGAAGCUGUAGUCAAGGAGGAAAAAGAAGUAAUAAGAAAAAUAGUAUACAGAGAAGAAGCCUCCAAAAGAAGCUCAUCAUCAGGUCACCAUUACCACAGUCAAGUAGCAGAGGACAUGCUACUGGAGAGAAACUGAGAGUUUCUAUUGGCAACAGAGGCUGGAGGACAAGGAGAGUACCAGGAAGUGAUGCUAAAAAGACUGACAAAAUACCACAGCUGAAGCGCCAACAGAAGGAAAAGGAAAGAGGUUGGAAUCUUGGAACAAGUAGGAAUGCAUUUUGAUUUUGUUUAACUCUUGGAUCAUACUUGAACUCAACUUUAUUAGGCUUUCUUUUCCUUUAAAAAACAAAUCCAUGUUUCCUGCA